UCCUAAACGUUGCUGUCUUUCCCGUUCCUUCCUGCCCACCUACUGGCGUAGGCACUAAUGCUUCAUCCGCAUCCGAUGGACAUCGCCCAAACGGAACAACGGUAAUGGGCUUUACACCGACAUUAAUGAGCUUCCUCCGAUCCAAUUAUCCCCUCUUCCUAAAACCCCUCGCCCUCGUCGCCAUCACCCUCGCCGCCACCUCCCUCUUCACCUCCUUCGUCCAGCGCCAAACCCCUCGUCGGCUCCCGGACCGGCCCAUGGCCGCCGCCGCCCGUAGCUUCGUUCUCUGGCUCCACGGCCUGGGCGACUCCGGCCCCGCCAACGAGCCCAUCCGCACCUUAUUCACCUCCCCUGAGUUCAAGCACACCAAGUGGUCCUUCCCCUCCGCCCCCCACGCCCCCGUCUCCUGCAACUAUGGUGCUGUCAUGCCUUCAUGGUUUGACAUUUAUGAAAUACCUGUGAGCGCUGAAUCCCCGAAAGAUGAAAAGGGACUUCUUAAAGCUGUUCAAAAUGUGCAUGCGAUGAUAGACAAGGAGGUAGCUGCUGGCAUUAGUCCUGAAAAUAUAUUCAUCUGUGGGUUUAGUCAAGGAGGUGCCUUAACCUUAGCAAGUGUGUUGCUCUACCCUAAAACUUUGGGAGGAGGUGCUGUCUUCAGUGGAUGGGUUCCUUUUAAUUCGUCAAUCAUAGAAUGCAUAUCACCUGAAGCUAGAAAGACGCCCAUUUUGUGGUCUCAUGGCAUGGCUGAUAGAACAGUACUGUUUGGGGCUGGGCAAGCUGGACCUCCUUUUCUGGAGCAAGCUGGUAUGAGCUGUGAAUUUAAGGUACUCAGCUUCAUGCUGGGCCCUCCAUGGAAUAUCUACAUUGGUUCUAAUCAUUGAGGCCAAAAAGGCCAUACAUGGGCACAGAAUUCACCUCAUCCUUUUUUAUUUUCAUAUCUCACUCACCCUCACCCUGUGAUGGUGUAGUGAUUGCCAUGAGAAAGCCGAUGGUGGAUCACCUGCCCUCUGGUGGUAAUUCUUUUAGCCAAAUUGGCUGUGUGCAGACAGGAUCCCCCUCAACUGCUUUUGUCAUGUUAAUCACCCCCACCUGUGGACAGCAUAGUGAUUGACAUGAGAAAAUCCGAUGGUUAGUCACCACUGUGCUCGUUUGGACAUGAUAUUUGUUUGGUAGGAGGAGCAAGUGGCUGGCACCGCAUUUAGGUGUGAAACACCUGCACACAUGAAUAUAUAGCAUGCCUACACUAGAUAUUUCCCUGUACCUUCUAUUAAGUA